AUGGAUUUCUGUGCGCUACGUCCAAAGUCUUCCAAGAAAAAUGCGUUGCCUGCUCCUCCACCCGUUGAAAAACCGCCACCGGUUGCAAAGCCGGUGGCGGUUCAAAAUCCGCCACAGGGAGGGGGAGGAGGAGGUCCUCCUCCGCCUUCAUACGGCCAAUUCUCGCCGUACAUAGCGGAAUUGCAGCGCAUGGAAGGGUUGAGAAGCGUGGAAUACUCCAACUACAGAACCUGGAAACUGAAUUUCGACGAUUCUCCAAAUCCGCAGCAAUACGGCAGCUCUGAAUACCAUCACUAUCCAGUCGGAGAUCUCAACCGCCGCCGUCAGUAUCGUCAGAACCCGAUGCCUCCUCCUCCUCCUCAUCAGAGCUAUGGCCCACCGCCACCAAACUUGGAGUAUUACCAUGAUUCUCCUCCUCAUCAUCAUCAGUUUGGGCCGCCGAAUUCUCCCCGCUAUGGCCCAUCAUCAAGCAUGCAGUAUCACCAUGGCCCGGCCCAACUCGGACGGCCUCCGAUGGAAAGCUACCAUGGUCCGCCCCGGCCGUUCGGGCGUCCUCAACUGGAUUACCACUAUGCCCCGCCGCAGAAUGGCUAUCACCACGGCGGAUAUUUCAGUGAUGAAAAUCCCAACGGUUGCAGCAUAAUGUGA